CCAGAAGGCCUGGGGCGCAAGGAUGCUACGCUUCUUUGCGUCGUAUUCCACAGAUGACGUCGCUCUCGGAGCAGACGCUUUUCGCGCACCGGAGAUGUUGGAUCAGCCACCCCCGCAAAGCUUUCGCUACCAAGUUAAUGAUGAAGACGGCUUACGCGUGAGAAGCCAGCGCAUUCCUUUAGUCGAAACUGUCGAGAAAGACGAAGGCGCCAGGAAGACUGCUGAAGCUUCAACUACCGGUCCCGUGGAUGACUCUACUUCCAGCAAUGCAAGUUUCCCGAGCUGCAUGCGGAAAGAUGCAUCGCAACAGAUAGCUCGAAAGACUGCGGCGGUAAGCCUAGCUCCCGAGCGAACACUAAAUCCUCGAGCAUUGGAGCACUGCACAUGGAAAAUACCUCUUUCCAAACGAGAAAGGCACCGCACCAGGAUGGAGACAUCUGCAAGUUCUGAGCAGACCCUCGUACGGAGAACAAGCAUUCCAUCAUGGACGCAAGUUCUUGAUAGCAGGAGCAAUGCCUUUGACGAGCAGCUGCGUGCAUCGGAUUCGUCAGAAGCGGGGGCAACGGUGCAUGUUCUUAAUGUGUUACGGCAACUGCUGCAGCGGUCAGGCAUUCCUUCGCAGACCGCAGUAUCCCUUCUCGACGAGUGGCCUGCGCACAUGAACAGUGAUGGUAUCCCACUGGUGAUGCCCGGAAGCGACAGAGUUGUUAUACGAGAAAUAAUCGAAGACCCUGCCCGAACACGUCUGCUUUUACGUAACAUGCUUCGGUUAAUGGGACGACUAGCUGCUUCAGGAAGGUCGUUGCUGUCUUUUGAAAGAGCCGAUGAGCAGUUGGACAGCCUGAUGCAAAGAUGUUCCAGUGCACACGAAAACCAUCAACUUCAGCAUCGUCUACAAGCCCUGCCAUGUGGCUCUCAGGGAAGCGAGUGUGCCGAGCCGCAAACGUUCUUGUCCCCUCAACAAGUCGAUAACUUCGAAAAAGAAGUUAACUCCUUCCUGCAACACGUGCAGCAGUUUUCGGAACAGGCGCAGCUUUUCUAUCAACAAGCUCGGGUAUUUGUCGCAGACUUCAAGGCCUUUCAGUUGCGAAUGGAGCAUUUUAAGCAAGUGAUCGACAAUAUUGCUCAGGCAGUUCCAAACUCUGAAGCCCGAGUAGAUACGCAAGCCCCAAGGGAAACACAAGACGCGCAAGUUCUUAGCCUUGAAGAGCUGCUCGGCGGCUUUCCUUUUAUAGAGGGCUUUACUCGACUCAUUCAAAGUUUCUCUCAACGAAUCUUUUCUCCAGUGCAGGUUACCGAAGCUAGUGCUGCGACGGAAGGAACCCACCAGCAGACAGCCCGCGAAAGUUCCGAGGAAAGGCAAGCCAAACAGAGUUCACCGCAACAAGACGGCAACUCCCGGCAAAACGUGACCAAUGCGCCUACGUCACGAUGUUCUGAGCGUUCUCAUCGGUGCAGCUCACCGGGAGACGGUGACGUCGUCAACACUGCGGACAAACAGGUACACUGCGUUUUUAUCAAAGCAUUUGAUAGCCCUGACCGUGAACGGGAAGGGGUCUCAAAACAAGUUCACACUGACCCAACUGAAAAUGGUGAUGUCACGCCGUGCGCUGAGAAAUCGGCAAUAACGCCGAGUCCAAGUCGAGCUUCGAGAAAUCUUUGGUCUCCAACUGGUACGACAGGAAAGGUGACGCCAUCAGUUUUUGUGUUCCUGCCCGUCGCUUCAGAAAGUACAUGCUCCUCCGAAGGUUCUAGUCCAGGACCGCAUCUUGAAGAACCGGGGCACCGUAGUUCGCAGGACUUGCUGGAACACCCGUCAAAAAGCGGUGAGCCACAAUUUCCACCGGGGGACUCUGAAGGAAUAGUGAAGUCGUCUUCUUCACAAGAGCACAAAACGUCACCAGAAGACGCGCAGUUUUCAAAGGACGACUAUCCUCCAUCACCGAACGCCCUCGUAAAACUGUGGCGGUCUUUCUCGUUCGUUCGAAAGCUUUCCACGAAAGACGAGACUCCUCAGAGUGGAUAGUUAUGCAACCAAGCUUUUAAACUGCAAGAGCGCUGGACAAGCCCUACAGCACGCUUCCCAAAUUGAUCCGAUUCCUAGAUAGAUUUCGUUCGAUCCUCGUUUCGCGUAUUGAGCAAUUCUGCAACUGACAUGCGCAACCUGGAGGAGUUUCUGCGAAGGUGCUAACAAGUGAACCACUGACAUUUGUGUGAUGUGUGCAUGUUCUGUCCGGGUUUUUAGACACAAUGCAACGCCAAGAGCCAACAAUGACUGAGUGUGCCGGUCUGAUAAUGGUGUGCUUCAAUGUUGCGACAUUGCCGCCAGACUGUUACUGCAAUUGUGUGCGCGAGUGUGACUUGUCAAAUAGACAAAAGUGUAUUCGUCCACGAAAACUGAUUGUUGUAUUUUGAUUGAAUCACCUUUUUCCCGACAAUAAGUACGAACGAAAUCCAAUAAACGGAUUCACUUUGCUA